UUCCUCGUCCGCUUAGGCCAGGAAGGAGGAGGAACUAAUGGUUACGGCCUGACGUUUCCUAGUCGGAAGGGAGAGCGGAGCGCACUGAGCGUCGCGCCGCGGGAGCCCGGGUCCUCCUAAGCGCUGCUCCCGCAACAUGGCUUUCAAUUUCGGGGCUCCUUCGGGCACCUCUGGCACCUCUGCAGCCACCGCGGCACCAGCGGGAUUUGGUGGGCUUGAGACUGCCAACUCCACCGCCAGUGGGUUUAAUUUUGGGGGUUUCGGCUUAACUGCUAAUCCUGCAGUGAACUUUAAUAUUGGGAAUUUCGGUGUUUCUACCACCUCGGCGACUCCGUUCAAUUUUGGUAACAGUCUGGCGAGUGCAGGUGGGUUUGGAGGAUUUGGAACAACCACCACAACAUCAGGCUCUGCGUUCAGCUUUUCCGCCCCAACAAACACAGGCAGCACCGGCCUCCUCGGUGGCACUCAGAACAAAGGUUUUGGCUUUGGUACUGGUUUUGGCACGUCGACGGGAACUGGCACUGGUUUAGGCACUGGUCUGGGAACCGGACUUGGAUUUGGAGGAUUUAAUACGCAGCAGACACAACAGCAGCCUACUUUAGGUGGUCUUUUCAGUCAGCCUACACAAGCUCCUGCCCAGUCCAACCAGCUGAUCAAUACUGCCAGUGCUCUUUCUGCUCCAACGUUAUUGGGAGAUGAGAGAGAUGCCAUUUUGGCAAAGUGGAACCAGCUGCAGGCUUUCUGGGGAACAGGGAAAGGAUAUUUCAACAAUAACAUUCCUCCAGUGGAGUUUACACAGGAAAAUCCCUUUUGCCGAUUUAAGGCUGUAGGUUAUAGUUGUAUGCCCAAUAAUAAAGAUGAAGAUGGGCUAGUGGUUUUAGUUUUCAACAAAAAAGAAACAGAUAUUAGAAGCCAACAGCAGCAGUUGGUAGAAUCAUUGCAUAAAGUUUUGGGAGGAAACCAGACGCUUACUGUCAACGUGGAGGGCAUUAAGACACUGCCAGAUGAUCAGACAGAAGUUGUCAUUUAUGUUGUUGAGCGCUCUCCCAAUGGCACCUCGAGAAGAGUUCCAGCGACAACAUUGUUUGCCCACUUUGAACAAGCCAAUAUUAAAACACAGCUGCAGCAGCUCGGGGUGACCCUUUCUAUGACCAGAACAGAACUGUCUCCUGCUCAGAUCAAACAGCUCCUACAGCACCCUCCUGCUGGUGUUGAUCCUAUUAUUUGGGAACAGGCCAAGGUGGAUAACCCAGAUUCUGAAAAAUUAAUUCCUGUACCAAUGGUGGGUUUCAAAGAACUGCUUCGAAGACUGAAGGUUCAGGAUCAGAUGACUAAGCAGCAUCAGACCAGAUUAGAUAUCAUAUCUGAAGAUAUUAGUGAACUACAAAAGAACCAGACUACAACUAUGGCCAAAAUAGCACAGUACAAGAGGAAACUCAUGGAUCUCUCCCACAGAACUUUACAGGUCCUAAUCAAACAGGAAAUUCAGAGGAAGAGUGGCUAUGCCAUCCAGGCUGAUGAAGAACAGUUGCGGGUUCAGCUAGAUACUAUUCAGGGUGAACUGAACGCACCUACUCAGUUCAAAGGUCGACUGAAUGAGCUGAUGUCUCAGAUCAGGAUGCAGAAUCACUUUGGAGCUGUGAAAUCGGAAGAAAGGUAUUACAUAGAUGCAGACCUGUUAAGAGAAAUCAAGCAGCAUUUGAAACAACAACAGGAAGGCCUUAGCCACUUAAUUAGCAUCAUAAAAGAUGACCUAGAAGAUAUAAAACUGGUAGAACACGGAUUGAAUGAAACCAUCCAUAGCAGAGGCGGUGUCUUUAGCUGACCGUUUACAACCUUCUCCCGAGGUUUAUAAAAUGCAUCUUCCUGCUAAUCAGGCCUUCUUUACGACAACCACAUGGGCGGGAGAAGGAUCCUUUUCCUUGCUGGGAUGUUUGAGGUUCCUGGGAAAUUACUGUACAUUAAACCUGAAAUGGUCACCACAAAGCUCUUCAAAGAGAAUCUUUGAAAAAAUUAUAUCGAAAAGCUUUACUUUUUAAAAAGUACACAAUUACCCAAAGUAUAUGUGCUGUUGUACAUUUUACAACAGUGUGAAGCAUAGUCACAGUGUGUAAUGAUUAGUCUCCAUUCUCUUUUCCAUAGCCCAAAACGAAACCUAGCUGCUUCCCACGUAACAGAAUAAACUCUAGCCGCGUGGCUGUGAGACCUGCUUCAGAGUGUAGACACACUGGCGUCUGUAUCUGUGGGGAGUAAAGAAAAUCCCAAAGUAUUCAGUGAUUUGCGUGGUUUUCCUUUUUGUUCUAUGAAGACUUGAAAUAUAUAUUUUUAUAUUAUUUUACUUAUUUGGAACUUACAGAAAAUACCUAACCAAUUAGACUAUAACAAAAUCACCAUUUUUGCAAGCUUUUUUUUAAACUUUAUUUCUAAAACUGAAAUCCUUAAAAUAAAUUGUUAAUUUGUACUUUUAUGUAA